CUCGGAAUUUUACCCACAUCAAAUUAAAUGUACCUAACUCUAAUCCCUAAUCCUAAUUUUCUUCCUAAAUUCUAACACCCCGUCGUAAAUCCUAGUUUCAAUUGUAUGAUCGCAAUAAUUCUGAGUCAGGGCUUCAAGCACCGUGUGGCUUCGUCUUCCCGGCAUCGCGGUGUUCUUCGCAGUGCUGUCAAAUCGCGUUUUUCACAAUGUUGUAGCUCCAAUCGUGUUUACCACACUUCGCAAUUGCAGGUUGUUAAUUACAGAAGAUAGGAAUUGUGCAUUCUUUUUUGCUGAAUUUUGGGCCAAGGUUGCUAGUCUUAGCAGGACUAUCUAAAGCUUAAGCUUUUGACCAAAGCCUUUUCCUGGUUAACUGUAAUUGAAGGAUGUAACAUGGAAAGUCCCCACUCUGUGAACAGUCCAAGAAGAACCCUCAGCCUAUCGAAAAAGCAGAGGGCAACUGUAUCCUUUUUUGACCCCGAUGACAUAACCUCUGGCUUUGGAUUGUCUGGCGAUCAUGGCCCUAAGCCUUCUGAAGUUUAUGGUUUUGUAGGUUCUAUUACCACUGUUGUUGCUACAGUUAUUUUCUUGGUAUGGGCAUAUGCUCCAGAAUCAUGGCUACAAUCUGUUGGCAUCUCUUACUAUCCUAGCAGAUAUUGGGCUCUAGCAGUACCAACUUAUGUGAUGGUGACCAUUGUAUUGGUGCUGGGAUUCUACAUUGGCCUUAACUUCAUUUCAACACCUUCCCCUGCAUCUUUAAACACUGUUUUCGAUGAAUUCAGUAGGGAUCCUUUAAGUCUCGAGUGUUCUCUAGAAGAAGAUGAGAAACCCAUCGAGCCCAUUUCAGAUAUUGGUAUUGGCAGAAUCAAUGAUAUCAUGUUCAAUAAUGCAACCUAACAAUUACAAAUCUCCAAUGAUGGGUGGGAAUUGCUGCCAAACAAGUGCUGCUUAUUUGGGCUCUUGUACUAGAGGUUAUCUCUAUUAGACGUGAAAUUGAUUUAGUGAAAGAAUGAUUUGAUUCCAUCUUACUUUAUAAUUUUUUUAAUGCCAAUUUCUUUGCUCCAGCUAUUUAAUGCUUUAUGUCUCUGCUUAUUUCAGUAACUUUGAACCUUGCUACUUCAUGAAUGGUGGUCAAGAGUUCUAUUUAAGGAAACAACCUCUGUUUCUGAGAGUAAGAUCAUGUAUCUUACUCUUAGCCACUGUAGUUGUCUUGUGCACAUGAUCACCCUUCAUGGAGAUAAGCUUGGGUUGGGAUAACUCUCUCAAGUACUGUUGUGCUCCUCAGCCAUUAAUAUUAACAUAUGGAUAAAUUUUCCUUUUAUCUACUUCGGAU